CUGCCGCUCCUCGGCGCGGCCGGCGCCCUGCCCGCCCCGCUCCGCCGCCGCCGGAGCGCCUCGCUGCCCGUCGGCCCCUACCUGACGCGCUACCUGAGCCAGCAGAUUGAUCACUUUGGAUUUGAUGAAAAUCGUACAUUCCAGCAGAGGUACCUGGUAGCAGAUCAGUACUGGAGGAAGGACAGUGGGCCAAUACUGUUUUAUACAGGCAAUGAAGGAGACAUCGAGUGGUUCUGCAACAACACGGGUUUUAUGUGGGAUGUGGCUGAAGAGCUUAAUGCCAUGUUGGUAUUUGCUGAACACAGAUAUUAUGGACAAUCUUUGCCCUUUGGGAAUGAGUCUUUCAGUGAUUCCAAGCAUCUCAAUUACCUGACAUCCGAACAAGCUCUGGCAGACUUUGCAGUACUCGUUGAGUACUUAAAGACGACCAUUGCAGGGGCUCAGCACAGUCCAGUCAUAGCUAUUGGAGGGUCUUACGGAGGAAUGCUGGCAGCCUGGUUUAGGAUGAAGUAUCCCCAUGUGGUGGCUGGAGCUCUGGCAGCGUCUGCCCCGAUCUGGCAGUUCGGUGAUUUGGUUCCAUGUGGAACAUUUUUCAGCAUAGUGACCAAUGACUUCAAAAAGAGUGGCCCAGGCUGCUCAGAGAGCAUCCGGAAUUCCUGGGGUGCUGUUAACCACCUUUCCUCAACAGAUGCAGGUUUGCAGUGGCUUUCCAACACAUUUCAUUUGUGCAGCCCCUUAAAAACUCCUCAGGAUGCUGCUGUAUUGAAAAAUUGGCUGAGUGAGACUUGGGUAAACUUGGCUAUGGUGAAUUAUCCCUAUAAAGCUGACUUCUUGCAGCCUCUGCCAGCUUGGCCUAUACAGGAAGUCUGCAAGUUCUUGAAGGAUCCCAGUCUCUCUGACAAAUUGUUGCUGCAGAAUAUUUUCCAGGCAGUAAAUUUAUAUUACAACUAUACAGGAGAAGCCUCAUGCUUAGAUGUGUCACAGAGUGCAACAAAGAGUCUCGGUGAAAUGGGUUGGUACUACCAGGCUUGCACUGAGAUGGUGAUGCCCUUAUGCACAGAUGGUGUCCAUGACAUGUUUGAGCCUCAGAAGUGGGACUUUGAUGCACUUUCAGAAGAGUGUUACAGGAUGUGGGGGGUGAGGCCUCGCCUCUCUUGGAUGCUUUCUAUGUAUGGAGGAAAAAACAUCAGUUCACACAGCAACAUCAUCUUCAGCAAUGGUGGCCUGGAUCCGUGGUCUGCAGGUGGGGUGACCCAGAACAUCACCGACUCCCUCGUGGCGGUUGUGAUCCCAGAUGGAGCCCAUCACCUGGACCUACGCGGCCGAAACCCUUUGGACCCCAAGUCUGUCCAGCAAGCUCGAGCCAUGGAGGUCUGCCUCAUGAAGGAGUGGAUAGAAAAGGCCAGGCACAGCCACUGAGGUGGCACUGCGACAGCUGUGGCUGUUAGACCUCUCUUGGCUUUGCUGGGAGCGGGGCCAGGACUUGUGAUAUGGUCACUGGAGCAUUUCCCUCCUGCUUCCUCACCUGCACGGCAGUGGUCACCACUGCUUGUGUCCACGAGAGAGGCAGGCAGCAGAUGGAUGGAGAGCAUCCUCAGAUGAUAAACUCCAGUCAAAGUGCAUGGAUUGAGCUGCCUGCUCUGGUUCGCUUUCCUCUUCUGCUCUUCUCGAAUGCUGUACUUUACUACACAGCAGUGAGUUGCUGUUCUAGGCUUGCUGCCCUUCUCACUGUGCUGAGUGAUCAUUCCAACUGCUGGUGAAUCCAACAGUGGAUUACAUGGGAGUGCCCUUGAUGGUGAAACUCCUGCUGCCUCCAGUGUGAUUGAACAGAAAUCAGGUCUUACUGUGAUUUUGGUGGAGGUAGGGAAGGCCUGGGGAAACUGGCUGUGCUGUUUGUAAGGGAACUAAACAGCCCUUACCCUUUGGAAUGAGUGUUGGAAAAGAAAUAAAUAUACGACUUUUUUCAUACCUA